AUGUAUAAUUUGACCUACCAGGGCGGCCGAGUCGGUGAGAGCGCGGCCUGGUUGCGACCGGUCGGCCCCACCGCCAGCGCGCGCGCACACGCCGCUCUGCGCCGCCGACGUCGCGACGCACCCGUGUGCGACACACCGAAACGUAUCGCUCUUAUUGCAAAGCGACAAUUCUGUAAAAUUUGGAGGUUUACCAAAAAUCAGGAUUCCGACCCGAAAGUGGUUAUUAAAACUGCACGGGUGUGCGUCGUACGCGGUAUGGAGACAGGCACGACUGUCGAGGAGUUCAUCACUAUAGUUCCGGUGGGAGACGAUAAGCCUGCCAUUCAAGAUUCAACGUUUGUCACGGUGCUUACUGUUGGUGCAGCCUCUGGCGCUGCAGAAGUUAUUGUAUGUAGACCUCGUGGGGCUCGUCUAGGGCUAGGACUUAAAUUCGAAGGUGGUUCUGCGGCGGCAGAAAAAGUGAGACGACUUUUAGUGCAAUCAUGUGCAGAACAUAGUCCUGCUGCCAAUGCAAUAGCCCCUUGGGGCAAACUAAUACCUGGUGAUGAAAUCCUUGCUAUCGAUGGAGUCUCUGUAUCAGAUUUAACUAGGAUUGAAUGUGUUCGUCGCUUAAAGGACUCCGAUGAAACUUUAGUACUUUUAGUAAGGCAUUUUGAGGUGCAGAAUAAAUCAGAGCAAACAAAUAUGGAAUCUAAAGAAAAUUUGGAUUUAAAGCUAAACACAGAAUUGACUAGACCCUCGACAUUACCACCUCCUGUUCCUCCAAGAAAAUUAGGUAAGAAGAAUUCUUUCAAAGAUAAGAACAUUUUGCAAACGCUUGGGGAACAAAACGCUCUUAUUAAUAUAGAUAUAACAAAAGACCUAGAAAAUAACAAAGAAACAAUUAAAGCCCAGCAUGCAGUAUCUACUUUAAAUAAGUUAUCAAGGAAAUCAUCUUUUGACAGUCACAUCCAUAGGCAAAAUAAAGAAAGUUUUGCUUACUUAAGAAAAGGUUCACCUGAGGAAGUAAGGCGGUUAGUUCGACGACUUUCAGAUGGUAAGGCAAUGCCACCAGACGCUGACAUUUACAUAGAUUUGCUUUCUAAUGAAUGGGAACGAUGUCUUGUUUUAGCUGAUGCAGAGUCUGAUGAUACUGGGAGUUCUAUAUCAACCGUAGUUGAUAGAUUAGGAUCAAUGGCUGGUUCUGUUGAAAACAGCAUACCAUCUACUCCUAUCAUGCAACCUAAAUCAAUAGAUAUUCAAAAAGUAUUAAAUAGUAUUGAGAAUAUAGAUACAGAUAUACUUAAGGAUAUGACUAGUGCAACAUUUUUGGAAAAACAUAAGGAAAAUAUUGAUGAUAAAAAGAUAGAAAAAAAUGCUUCUCUUAAUGGAAUUAAUAAUCAAGCUACUGUUCCAGACACAGUACUAGAAACUUUUGUUCAAGAAACACAUAAAAAGCCCGAAGAAAAUGAUAAAAAUAAUAAUUUUACUCAAAAUUUAAAACAAAACAUCAAAAUAGAUGAAUCCAUAAAAACGAAUGAUAAACUGCACAAAUCAGAAAUCAUUGAAAAGCCUAAACCAAUGCCAAGAAAUACUAAAGUUGAACGAUCAUCGAGUGAAAAGAAACGUCGUCCAAUACCAAUUCCAGAACUACUGUCGCCAACGCCAACUGAACCUCUCUUAACGCCAACAAAGAAAACAUGUAUUGAAACAUGGCUUCAAAGAUCUGAAGCUGAAAUGAAUAACAAAGAAGACAAAGUAGAAGAAAAUUCGGCACCUGAAGUAUUGCCUCGUCUUAUUGAUUUUGUUCCCAAAAUGCAGUUCAAAGAAAAUAAUAUUGAAGUAACACCUUGUGUACGCCCAACCACGGCACCUCCACCGCCUCCUGGCGAACCGAGGGAGGACGGCUCCGGCGCAUCCCUCGACACUAUAGGUGAACUGGACGAAUCGUGCGAUGUCAUUGAUAACGCGAAAUCGAUUGAAAACGAGCCGAAUAAACGAAAAUCAAUAUAUGAGAGAAGUUUCUGGGAUGAUCGACUGAAUAAAAGUGAUGCCGAAGAUAAAAGUCUUUCAAAUGAUGAUACGCCUAUGCCGUCUUGCCCUAGGCAACCCCCUGAUGGUGUUGAGACACCAUCGGAUGCAGUUGAAAAAACUCCAGAGUUGCCUUCUAGAUUACCUCCUCGACUGUCAACGGGAUGGACUAGUAACCGUUCUCGUUUCUCCUAUUCCUCAAGGACUCAAGAUGCACGAAGUGAAGCAAGUGUAAAAGAUAAAAUUGCUAUGUUUUCUGUAGAUCUUGUAACAUCUACAGACCGUUUAGACAAGUGUGGGACUCUUCCAUCUAGGUCACAUUCGACUGUACGUAAGAACAAUAAUAUAUACACAAAUAAUUAUACUGAAGUUUCAUCUUUGGACAGAAGAUUGACGAAGUCUCAAGAUAACUUAGAUGAAACACCACGUCCUUUUAAGCGAAACUCGGAUAGACCUGAGGUUCUUGGUGCUUUAGAAAUUAAGACAACUGAAAUACAAAACAAGAGAUUCACUCAAUCGGAAAUAAAUAAUAAACCUUUAUUUUAUGGAAGUACUACCACACUACCUUCUGAUACAUCAUUCACACGACAAAUAUACCAUACACGAAGUAUUAGUGAAGACAAUAGUAACAAAAGUGUAUCAACACAUAAAUCAAAUUUAGAAUACUUAAUAGAGCAGAGAAAAAAAUCUAUGUCAAAGUUGCGAGGAUUAGUGAUACCAGAAGUGCAAGCUCCAAUUAUUGAUUUGCCAGAAAUUAAAGUGCGAGAUUCUAUUUCAAAAAAUUUCCUUAUCCAUUCCUUAAAUAAAGAGGUUAAGAAAGACAAUAAGGUUAGUUGUACCAAAUCUUUAAAUUUAACAGAAAAUAAAUGGAAAACUAGUUUUUUACCGAACAAUAUACCUAAAUACUCGCCAGCUUUCAAACGUAAAUCUCUGCAAGUCUACACUCCUUCAUUAUCAAAGGAAACGACUCCAGAACGCAAAUUUACCGAGAAAGUAGAUACAUUAUCAAGAAUAAGUAGUUUUAACAAUGGUUUAACGGGUAACCCCUUAAAGAGUGCACUAGAAUUUUCUAAAAGUUCAGUAACGAAAUCUAGUCCGUUAUUUAAUCGAGCCGUUAAUAAAAGUUACUUAACUAGCACUUCACAAGAUUUUAAAAACGUUGAAAUAAAAAUAUGUACUGCGACAGAUAUACUAGACAGUGAUAACGAUUCAGCUAUGAGUUCAACUCAAUCUAGCUAUCGCUCGUCAGCCUCGUCUCCUAUGCAUAAUUUGGACAAUAAUAUUGAAUCGGAUAGUUCACGUUUGUCUCCCAGAAUAGCACAGUAUAAUUCUUAUACUCUAAUGAAAACUGAGGUGCCAAAUAAAUCUUUUCUAACAGAGAAAAAUAGUCAACAAUACAUCAAAAGAAAUGUUUGUCGAUCUGUGUCCUCAGAUACAAACAUUUCUCUUAGCUCUUCUGCAGGAUCAGCAGCCACUUCUGGAUCACAAGCUAGUUGUAGUUCCCUUGAGAGUUCUGUGGCUGACUCAGACAAGAGAAAAGUUUCAAAGAUCUAUAACGUUGACACUAUAAACAGGCGAAAUAUUGUCGCUUCAGCAAAAUGUAGAAGUGGAAGAGAUGUUAAACUUGAGUCGCCGGUUAUUGAAACUAAGUUCUCCCAUGAGUCUUAUAACAGAUCUCCCAGUCCAAUACAUAAAACGUCUGAUCGCCUUUCUACGCUCACACCAGCAGUGAGUGCAAUAGCGGGUAAAGGUGAAAAUAGACGACGUAAUAAGAUAAUUGUUGAUACUGAUUCUGAUUCGGACAAUGAAGUAAAUAUUCGACAACGUAAAUCAGAUUUCAAAAAUACUAGAUUAAAACGUAAUUCUAGUACAUCGAAUAAAAAUAAGAGCAACGAAAAUAACCAAGAAUCGGAAAAAACUGACGAUCCAUUUAAACAUAACAAAAACGAAGCAAUGAAAGACUUGAGCUUGACGUGUUCAAUAAAUCGAGAUAGUGACAAAAUUGUACCUUUAAAGACAAAGAACACAAUAAGUGUACAUAAGAUUGACAGCGAAAAAGUGAAAGAACAAUGUAAUGGUACAGCAUCUGUAGAUAAUAAAAAAGAAUUAAUUAAGGCAAUAAACAGUACUUCAUCUUCAACUUUGAACUCGCGUCCUGCUAGAGACAUGAAAACUUCCAAUAUGGCCUUAACAACUAAAACAGAAACUGAGCAAGCAGCAAAAACUUCAACAGAAACUUAUCGGCUAAAGAAAGGGACUGGUUCAGGCGUGGGCCUUAUACUAGCUGGUGGAAUCGAUUGUGAAGCUAAAGAUGUCACUGUUCAUAGAGUUUUGGAAGACGGUAUCGCCGCAAAAGCAGGAAUAAAGAGGGGCUCUAAAGUUCGUAGUAUAAACGGCUAUAAAAUGUCAGGAUUGACACAUGCUCAAUCUGUUGGCGUUCUUAAGGAACAACGUUCAGAGGUUGUAAUCGAAAUAGAGAAUGAAAAUAAGGUAAACAGAAAUAUGACUGAAUGCGGCUCUGAAAAAGCGGAGUCGGAAGGACAUCAGGCAAAACAAGUAAAUAGUUCAAAAGCAGAUAUUAGACUUGAUCGUUCGGUUGUGACAGUUGUAUUAGAGAAAGCAGGCGGAGGAGCAGGCCUAGGCUUUGGCUUAGACGGAGGACGAGAUUCUCCUCAGGGUGAUCGGCCAUUGACAAUUAAGAAACUAUUUGCAGGAGGUGCAGCUGCUCAGAGCGGCCGCAUUGUUGUCGGCGCAGAACUUCUCUCCGCUGGGGGACAAUCUAUGGAAGGUUUCACGAGAACUCAAGCUUGGGCUGCUUUGAAAGCCCUGCCAGCUGGGAAUGCCGAAAAUAAGAGCAGGCUCAUAGAUAUGUUACGAGAAAUACUAGUGGAAAAUAAGAUAUUUUCUUGUCAAGCAGAAGCUGAUGUCGACAGAUUAAUAAUUGAAACUGCUAUUAACCUGCAGUCCGAAAACAUUGUUGUAGUGUCCGAGGAUGUAGAUGUUUUAGUUUUAUUGACUGCGCUCUCACUAACACACCGAGAAAUUUAUUUUCGAGAGCCAUCCAAAGGCAAAAUACUGCAAAAAGUGUACUCUUCUAAGAACUUAGAAAGAGUAUUACCAGUGUGUAAACAGCAUAUUCUGUUC